GCAAUGUGUAGCAAGAUUGCAGCAUAUACGCGAGGGUACCGAAUGCGAACCCUCUUCCUCGCGCAUUAGGUCCUUCGUUUCUUUCCAUUUCAACCCCUUCCUCUCUUUUUCUUCCACUCGGAGGGUUAAACUCAGGGACUCAAAACCCGCAUAGACGCAGUCGACGGACGCUAACGUGCGCCCCAUCCGGACGGGGAACACAACUCCAUUGCUCCAUUACGUUCCCGAACUCAAUCUGGUAAAAUAUGGCAUCACCCGCUUGGUUAACGCAGGAAAUACAGCCAUCAGCUUCUCAAGCACCUGUACCUGGUACAUCUGCUGUAGUGUCAUCUGGUGGCCCUUCAACUCCAACUGCUGCUGCUCCUGCUCCUGGUGCAGUUACACCUACUUCAAAGGGUUUACUUGGUACUGCAAGUGGUUCAACACAAGGACCUAACCAAGCGAGAUUUUCUAAUGCACCUGGCUAUGCAGUUGCUCCACCUUCGUUCUCUUAUAAUGUGCUUUCAAAUGCUAGUACACCUCCUGGAAGUUCUCAGCAGUCAUCAUCUAGCUCUGUCAUUAACUCAAAUCCACCUGCAUCUCCAUUGCUGGUUCAACUGCCGGUUUCGGGCAUGUCUUCAUCUUCUAGUCCAUCUUUUUCAUAUAACAUUUCACAAAGCAGUGUUGCUUUCCCUAGCAAUCAGCAGUUCCAAUCUAGUGGGAAUACAUUGACUGCUGUUGCACAAGAAGCUGGCACUCUGUCAUCUGCAUCGACUAUCCCUCAGCCUGUUUCAUUACCUGCUGAUAAUUCUACAAGUUCUACCAUUCCUGUAUCUUCAAUAUCUAGCUUGAACCAAGUAACUUCAUGGGUGCCCUCUGCCCCAUCUUUUUUUAUGCCUCCUGGAAUGCCUGGAACUCCUGGUACACCUGGUCCUCCUGGAAUAGCAGCGCCUGCUCAAAUUUCUUCUAAUCUGACUGUUCUAUCUGUUGCUACUGAUUCUUCCUCUUCAGCUGUCCCAAGACCCACUAUGCCUACAGCCCCUGUUUUAUCAAGUUCUGCUGUCCAGCCUCAGAUUUGCAGUCCCUAUGCAUCCUUUCCUGCCAUGGCUGCUCCCCCUCAGGGAAUCUGGUUGCAGCCUUCACAGAUGGGUGGCCUGCCCAGGUCACUGUUCCAGCCAUACCCUGCUGCUUUUCCUGGUCCCUUUCCUUUGCCAGCACGUGGUAUGCCUCUCCCUUCUGUUCCCUUACCUGAUUCUCAACCCCCUGGCGUUACUCCUUUGGGAACUGCACCGACAAUAUCUGUGUCUUCUGCUGCUUCUGGUCAUAUGCUGGCAGGAACUUUGAGGAUGCAGCCAGAAUUACCUCCUCCGGGUAUUGAUAAUAGGAAAAAUGUAGAAGAAGUUGGAACCCAAGAUGGAGCUGCUGUUAAGGAACAAUUAGAUGCCUGGACUGCUCAUAAGACGGAGGCAGGAGUAGUCUACUAUUAUAAUGCUGUGACUGGAGAAUCCACUUAUGAUAAACCUCUUGGCUUUAAGGGGGAGCAUGAUAAAGUACAUGUGCAGCCAACUCCAGUUUCAACGACUAGCAUAUUGGGUACUGAUUGGGUAUUAGUCACCACAAGUGAUGGUAAAAAAUAUUACUACAACAGCAAAACAAAGAUUAGUAGCUGGCAGAUCCCAAGCGAGGUGACAGAAUUGAAAAAGAAGCAGGAUGGAGAACAUUCAAUAUCUCUGCCACAUGCUAAUUUAUCAACUGAAAAAGGAUCUGCUCCAAUUAGUUUGAAUGCUCCUGCUAUUAGCACAGGUGGCCGUGAUGCUAUGGCUCUUAAAGCCUCGGCUGUUCCAGGAUCAUCAUCUGCGCUGGAUAUGAUAAAAAAGAAGUUGCAGGACUCUGGAUCUCCUAUUACCUCCUCACCUAACCCUGCACCAUCAGGAAUAGCAGCAUCAGAGUUAAAUGGCUCUAGAGCAGUUGAUACCACAGUUAAAGGUCUGCAAAGUGAGGACAGCAGAGAUAAGCUAAAAGAUGCUAAUGGGGAUGGUAACAUGUCCGACUCUUCCUCAGAUUCAGAGGAUGCAGACAGUGGACCGACAAAGGAGGAAUGUAUUAUCCAAUUUAAGGAAAUGCUUAAGGAAAGAGGAGUGGCACCAUUCUCAAAAUGGGAGAAGGAAUUGCCAAAGAUAGUGUUUGAUCCACGCUUCAAGGCAAUUCCAAGUUAUUCAGCUAGGAGGUCAUUGUUUGAACACUAUGUUAAAACACGUGCUGAGGAGGAACGGAAGGAAAAACGUGCAGCUCAAAAGGCUGCAAUAGAAGGGUUUAAGCAGUUACUGGGUGAAGCAUCAGAGGAUAUUGAUCACAAUACUGAUUAUCAAACUUUCAGAAAGAAAUGGGGUGCUGAUCCACGGUUUGAGGUUUUGGACCGCAAGGACCGGGAACAUUUAUUGAAUGAAAGGGUCUUUCCUUUAAAGAAAGCUGCUGAAGAAAAGGUCCAAGCAUUACGUGCAGCUGCUGCCACGAGUUUUAAGUCCAUGCUUAGAGAGAAAAGAGAUAUAACUGCCAAUUCCCGUUGGUCCAAGGUGAAAGAUAGUCUGAGGAAUGACUCAAGAUACAAAUCUGCUAAGCAUGAGGACAGGGAGAUUUUUUUUAACGAGUAUAUAUCUGAACUGAAGGCUGGAGAAGAGCAAUCAGAACGAGAAGCAAAAGCCAAAAGGGAGGAGCAGGAGAGGUUGAAAGAUAGAGAGCGAGAAUUGCGGAAAAGAAAGGAAAGAGAGGAACAGGAAAUGGAGAGGGUGCGGUUGAAAGUUCGCAGAAAGGAGGCAGUUGCAUCUUUCCAGGCUUUACUUGUGGAAAUAAUUAAAGACCCCCAGGCAUCUUGGACAGAAUCUAAGCCAAAGUUGGAGAAAGAUCCCCAAGGACGUGCUACCAAUACUGACUUGGAUCCAUCUGACAUAGAAAAGCUCUUUCGGGAACACAUAAAGAUGCUGAAUGAGCGGUGUGUGCAGGAAUUCAGGUCUUUGUUAGCUGAAGUCCUGACAGCGGAAGCAGCUUCUCAAGAGACAGAAGAAGGAAAAACAGUUCUCAAUUCAUGGUCGACUGCUAAACGUCUUCUAAAGCCUGAUCCCAGGUACAACAAGAUGCCAAGAAAAGAGAGGGAAGUCUUGUGGCGCCGAUAUGCCGAUGAGAUACUAAGGAGGCAAAAGGUGGCACUUGAUCAGAAAGAAGAGAAGAAGCAUGUAGAGUCAAAAGGUAGAAACUCUGCUGAUUCUGGGAGGUUUCUGUCUGGGUCAAGAAGAAGGACCCACGAUCGAAGAUAGAUAGUCAUUUUGGGGGUAGAGUGUAGGCUUUUGAUCUACUUUUCCUUCCACAACUCUUAUUGAGGGCCUCAGUCUAAUUUCCUCUGUAUUAUAUCAAAACAAUGAACGGAAUUUUUUAAUUGACGUAUUUAUUUGAUUAGACCAUUUUACUUGUUCUAAUGCUACAUCUACAUACACUCCGCCUCUGUAGGGGUAGAAAAUAAUUUCAGUUUCAUGAUAUCUGAGUGUCUCUGAGAUCUUUCCUCCA